UAAGCAAAUAAAGGAACCAAAAAAGGGUUAUAAAGGCUGCUUCACGCUGGCUCAUUCAGUCCCUUUGUGGUCCUCUUCUCCAGCACAUGCCAACACAGUGCUCUACAAUCUGUGUGCGGGACCAGGGCAUCUCGGCUGUGAGGCAAUGGAGGAACUGGAUGCCUUGUUGGAGGAACUGGAAUACUCUACCUUCCAGGAAAGUGAUGAAUACUCCAAGGCAGCUUCUCCUCCAGUGGAUCAGCAUUCGAGAAAGGACAGUAACCUUGAUGAGACUUCAAAGGUCCCUUCCAUUCCUGAUGACACGAAUCCCUUUCCAGUGCAGCUUGUGUAUACUACCGAAAUCCAGGGACCCAAUGUCUACAGUGAGAUUCAAGAGCCAAAGGAAUCGCCACCAGCUUCUAAAACCUCAGCAGCCGCACAGUUGGAUGAGCUGAUGGCGCAUCUGUGUGAGCUGCAGCAGCAGGUUACAGCGAAAGCAGAUGCCAGCAAGAAACCCGUAUCCGACAAGCAGGAUCACAAGGCCUCCCUGGACUCCAUGCUGGGGGGCUUGGAGCAGGACUUGCAGAACCUGGGGAUUGCCACAGUACCCAAGGGGCACUGUGCCUCCUGCCAGAAACCGAUCGCUGGAAAGGUGAUCCACGCUCUGGGGCAGGCGUGGCAUCCCGAGCACUUCGUGUGCGCCCACUGCAAAGGGGAGAUCGGCUCCAGUCCCUUCUUCGAGCGGAGUGGCCUGGCCUACUGCGCUGAGGACUACCACCAUCUCUUCUCUCCGCGCUGUGCGUACUGUGCCGCCCCCAUCCUGGACAAAGUGCUGACGGCCAUGAACCAAACCUGGCACCCCGAGCACUUCUUCUGCGCUCACUGUGGAGAGGUGUUCGGUGAAGAAGGCUUUCAUGAGAAGGACAAGAAGCCGUAUUGCCGGAAGGACUUCCUGGGCAUGUUCGCACCCAGGUGUGGGGGCUGCAACCGGCCAGUGCUGGAAAACUACCUUUCGGCCAUGAGCACCGUCUGGCACCCAGAGUGCUUCGUGUGCGGGGAGUGCUUUAGUGGUUUUUCUACCGGCUCCUUCUUUGAACUGGACGGGCGUCCCUUCUGUGAGCUCCACUACCAUCAGCGCCGAGGAACCCUCUGCCAUGGGUGCGGACAGCCCAUCACGGGCCGCUGCAUCAGCGCCAUGGGCUACAAGUUCCACCCCGAGCACUUCGUGUGCACUUUCUGCCUGACGCAGCUGUCCAAGGGGGUCUUCAAGGAGCAGAAUGACAAGACGUACUGCCACCCCUGCUUCAACAAGCUCUUCCCGGUGUAACCUCAGCUGAGCCCACACGUGCCCUCCUCUGAUCUGCUGGAAAAUUUAAGCCAAGAGAGGGAAGAGUACAUUUCUAGUUCCUGACCUUCUUCUGCUCAGUAGGCUUAGAGAGAAAGCAAAGGUGAUGGACAAAGAAGGGAGCGUCUAGAGGUGAUGUCUGAAGGCUUCCGGCUUUAAGUUUUGGUCUCAAGCCGUUUUUUUUUUUUUUUUUUUUUUUUUU